AUUUGAUCACUCCUCGUUUGAAACGAAGUUAUCGAUAACUUGAUGUUCGCCAAAAACUAAAAGCGGUAGUUAAUAAUCUUGAUCUUGAAUGUUUGCACAAUUCCCCAUAUAAAUAAGUGUGCAGUCCCUUCAAACGACUCACAAUGCUAUUUUAUAUGAUCAAACUGCAACAAAUUGUACUCUGGCGAACUGUAAUCUUGAAUAAUAUUAUAUUGUAAUCUUGAAUAUUGUGUUUCAGAAUGGAAGCAAAUCAGCGAAAAAGAAUUGUACUGCUGCUGCUACCGGGCGCAUUACUGGUCUCUGCGACGUGGUUGGGAACAGUGAUUUUGAAGAGGAGUUGGUCCGGUAAUGGUGAUCUGGUGGAUUGGGUGUGUAACAAGACUUUACAUCCCAAGGAGUGCGUUUCCACCCUGGCUGCUGUGGAAGGAGCAAAUCCAAAAGACUUUGCUCAUAUCACUGUGAAGGAGAGCCUGUAUCGACUUCAAAAAGCCUACCGCACCAGUUUGGAAGCCGCCCCUCAAGAAAAUGCAGAGUCUCCAGAACUCAUGGCUUCCGAAGAUUGUGAUUAUCUGUUCGAAGAAGCUUUGGAUCAUAUCAACCGCUCGCUGGCAGAAAUGGGGGGCUUGGACGUGAAUCCCUCCAAGGCCCAGGUCAACAACGUCAAGACAUGGCUAAGCGCGGCUCUCACAGACGUCGAGACAUGUCUGGACAGCUUCAGAGAGACGAGAGGGACGGUGAGGGAGGAUUUGGAGGAAAAUUACCAGAAAUUCACAAAAUCUCUAAGCAAUGCCCUGGCCACCAUCCAGAUCUUCUUUCCAGACAACGACAGGCUCCGUAUCCCGAUUCCUCUGUUAAAUAGGCCUUACCGAGGGAUUCCUAUUCCUUGGUGGCUCUACGGGAGCGACCGCAGGCUGUUCCAAGUGCCAUUGCAGGUGAAUGCAACUGUUGCUCAGGACGGCAGUGGGCAGUACCGGACCAUCGGAGAGGCAAUCAUGAACGCACCGUCUUAUAGCAGCGAGCGCUAUGUCAUCUAUGUCAAAGCUGGCAUAUAUGAUGAAAAUGUGCUUCUGUAAAAUAAGACUAAUGUGAUGUUGCUUGGCGAUGGGCGUGGGAAGACCGUUGUUGCAUCUCGCAGAAAUGUCAAGGACGGCUCCACCACUUACCGCUCUGCAACUUUAGCUACAUCAGGUAAAGGAUUCAUUGCCCGAGAUAUGACAUUCGCCAAUAUUGCAGGGCCGGACAAGCAGCAAGCCGUAGCUCUCCGUGUAGGGGCUGAUAUGUCAGCCUUUUACCGCUGUGACUUCAUCGGCUUCCAAGACACCUUAUACGUUCACUCCCUCCGCCAGUUCUACAGAGAGUGCGAUAUCUAUGGCACUGUAGACAUCAUCUUGGGCAACGCAGCUGCAGUUUUUCAGAAUUGCAAUAUCAUUGUGAGAACACCCAUGCCCAAUCAGACCAACACCAUCACUGCUCAGGGCAGAAGUGAUCCCUUCCAGAACACCGGAAUUUCAAUUCAAAACUGCACCAUUGUGGCCUCCAGAGAUCUUGCUCCAGUGAAAUCCUCCUUCCCCACUUAUCUGGGAAGGCCAUGGAAGUUGUUCUCACGGACUGUUAUCAUGGAGAGCUUUCUAGGCGAUGUAAUCCACCCCGCCGGCUGGCUGCAGUGGUCAGGGGAUUAUGGACUAGAAGGCGUGUAUUUUAGAGAAUAUAUGAAUUCUGGACCUGGCUCAAAAGUGGACGGUCGAGUAGGAAGGAGAGUUAUCAGAACAGCAAAGCAGGCUGAUUCUUUCACAGUUGAUAGCUUCAUAUCCCGAUCUGAUUGGUUGCCCUCUACUACAAUUCCUUUUGAUAAAAACUUGACCAUUCUGUAAAGGGUGCUAAUUCUCCAUGCCCUGCACUCUUAUUCUUUCUUCCCCAACCUUUACCUCAUUCCUUGUGUUGCUCUCAAAUUAAUAUAUAAGUUGUAGAUUUGUAAAAGCAGUUCCAUUUUAUCCUUCAGCUUGUUUUCAUGAUGUUUUCAAAAUUUUAUAUAAUGUGAUUGAUUUGUUAUUGCCA